AUCGAAUGAGUCACGCGCACGGACCAGGUCUCCCCGUACGCUCGCCACGAAACGUCAACCGCGCUUCAUUCCACACAUAUUCCACUAUCCGCUACCACUCCUCACAGCAGGUCAAGCACAGCCGUGUCCAAAGAUGAUCUCAUAAAACUAUGGCUUUCCGAUACGACACGGCUACCAACGAUGAAAUUGUCCAACAUUGUUUACGUUCCAAUCCGGACCGAAACGUAAUCAGCGAACUUGAAGGAGGACUUUCAAUCAUCAGGGUUUCAGAAGAUGCCGUUGUGAAGUGCGGAUUAGGCAUCACCGCAAACGAGGCCCGAAACCAACAGCGCGCAUAUGAGAUGAUCGAUCCCGCAAUUAUACGAAUUCCACGGGUCUAUCGCGCCUUUGCCCAUGGGCACAAUGGGUAUAUUGUCAUGGAAUACGUCAACGGCCAACCGCUAUCCUCAGCUGAAGAUCCCAACACCUACUUGGCGGCAAUGGUAAAGGUUCUGAAUUAUUUCGAACAAGUACAACAUGACAAGCCAGGACCUUUCGGUGGAGGGCUUGCGUAUGGCCAGCUUUGGUUGGACUAUGAGUCAAUCGCACCCGCAACUAUAUCAGACAUCGAGGAGUACUACAACAAAAGGCAGUUAAAAGAAUUACCAAAUCUUCAACUGAAGGAUUAUCCGCUAGUCUUCUGUCAUCUCGAUAUCGCCCCUCGAAAUAUUCUGGUGCUAGAGGAUGGGUCUCUUUGCCUUAUUGACUGGGCCUCCGCUGGGUUCUACCCUAGACUGUUCGAGAGGUGUGCUUUACGGCUCGGUAUAAAAAAUGAGGGUGACUGGAAUGCCAAACUCCUUGAGCUAUUGGAUGUGCUUGAUAAGGGCGAAAAGUCUCAAGCGGAGUUGUUAGAACAAGCUUACUAUCUCGGGCAGAAAUACAUUUACCGAAUAAAUAAAGCAAAGCAAAAACUUCCGCCAGGAAUGACGGCCCCAGAGAAGAGGAAAAGAAGGAAGCAAGAAGGCAAGAGAAAGUCCGCCCCGAAUCAACCUUGCGAAGAAACCCCUCCAUCCUUGUCGUAACAACCUCUCCUACUCGACGUCGUCGUCCUCCUCAUCCUCGCCAUACCAAUCCUCGUACCAAUCCGCAUAGUCCUGAAACUCACCCUGAAGAAUGUUGUUCGGUCUCUCCGCCCCUGUACGAGAAUACCACUUCGUGAAAACAUUCCAAACAUGAUUUGGGACAUGUUCAUGCAGCCUAAAUCUAUCUGGGUUUGAUGUCAUUAAGCGCAAGAGGUAGUAGCUAGAUUAAGUCAGCAAC